AUGUCACGACCAGAGUACACGAGGACAGCCUCAACAAACCUCAGCAGAGGAGGAGGUUCCAGGCCUCUGGAGGGGCGAGUCGCCGUUGUGACUGGUGCCUCGAGGGGCAUUGGCGCUGCGGUAUGCCAGAAUCUCGCCAGCAAGGGCUGCUCGCUCGUUAUGAACUACACCAGCGACAGCUCCGCAUCUCAGACCGAGAAGCUUGCGUCAGAGCUUCAAUCGCAGCAUGGCAUCAAGGCGAUCACGAUCCAGGCAAACAUGGGCACUGACAAUGGUCCGGCGCACAUAGUGGAGACGGCGAAAAACCACUUCCAGCACCCAAAGACCAAAAAGUUCCAGCUCGACAUCAUCGUCAACAACGCUGGCGUAUCAGGCAACGUGCCAAUCGAGGAGUCCGAGAGCGACGAGUUCUACCGCCAGUACAACGUCAACGUACGCGGGCCGCUGUUCCUCAUGAAGGCAGCGACGCCUUACCUACCGCAUGACCGCUCCGGCCGCGUCGUGAACCUGUCCAGCGUGAGCUCCAGUCUAGGCUUCGCGCAGCAGAGCAUCUACGGCGGCACGAAAGCAGCGCUGGAAGCCAUGACGCGGACUUGGGCGCGUGAGUUGGCCGAGCGCUGCACCGUCAAUUCUAUCAACCCCGGUCCGGUGGCCACGGAUAUGUACGCUAGCAACGGGCAGGAGUUCUUCGAUAUGAUCAACCCUUGGUUGAAGAACACUCCGCUGGCGCAUGCGAGGGAGGGCAUAGAUGACAAGGAGUUCGUCGACCAGGCACCGAAAGCGGGCGGUAGACCGGCGUACGAGCACGAGAUUGCCGGUGUGGUUGGGAUGCUGUGUCUGCCUGAAAGCGGCUGGAGUACUGGCAGUGUGGUUUGUGCUAAUGGUGGAAUGAGGUUCAGCUAUUGA